AUGAGCUCCGAGACAGGUCCUGCAGUUGUUGAUCCUACUCUGAGGAGAAGAAUUGAACCGCAGGACUUUGAAGUCUUCUUCGACCCGAGGGAACUUCGCAAAGAGACCUGUCUGCUCUAUGAGAUCAGCUGGGGCGGAAGGAACAGUGUCUGGCGGCACACCAGCCAAAACACCAACAAACACGUUGAAAUCAAUUUCAUGGAAAAAAUGACUUCAGAAAGAUACUUUUCUCCAUCCACCAGGUGCUCCAUCACCUGGUUCUUGUCCUGGAGUCCCUGUGGGGGAUGCUCCAAGGCCAUUAUAGAAUUUUUGAGCCGACACCCCAACGUGACUCUGUUUAUUUACGUAGCCCGGCUUUAUCACCACACGGAUGAGCGAAACCGGCAGGGGCUCAGGGACCUCAAGAGCAGAGGUGUGACUAUCCAGAUCAUGACCGAGCCAGAGUACUGUUACUGUUGGAGGAAUUUUGUCAACUACCCACCUUCAAAUGAAGUUUAUUGGCCAAGGUACCCAAAUCUGUGGAUGAAGUUGUAUAUACUGGAACUCUACUGCAUCCUUCUAGGACUUCCACCCUGUUUAAAGAUUCUAAGAGGACACCGACACCAGCUUACGUUUUUCACACUUACUCUCCAAGGUUGCCAUUACCAGAGAAUUCCACCCUACAUCCUGUGGGCCUCAGGAUUGAUAUGACUUCUGGGAGUUGGAGAUGAAUAAAACGACUCCUUGUAUGUGUACUGUUUUGACAGCAAGCCAUGAUGACCCAAUAAAAAGAGACUAUCAUGAAGAAUGUAGAGAUUGAGCUGAGGCUGGCACUCCUGGGUAGAGUACUAGUUAUAUGUGUGAGGCCCUGGGUUCAAUGCCCAGAACUUCCAGGAAAACAGAGAGAAUCUAGAAUGGAGCCAGGUAUGGUUAAUUACAAGAUUACGCUCCUGUAAUCCAAGCACCACUGAGGUAGGGGCACCAGCUC